AUGCCCUACAUGAUUCAUUUCGGCGUUGUAUUGCUGUUGUUACUUCAAAUCAGUAGUCAUGGCCAAACCGCACCAGUUGCUGGAAAGCAGGACACCGCUAAAAGUACAAAGACGACUACAGUGACUGAAAAUGGUAAGUAUAGAUUAACAGGGUGUCUGAUUUCUUCUCUAUUUGCUUCGAGGUUCUAUGAGUGCCUUUGAGAGUCACAUAUCCUAAUAAUGCACCAGCUCAUACUGCGAUAUAGGGCUGUGAUAUUGAAGACUAAUAGAGUGGGAGCCUUACUUGGUACAGACUAGAGAACUUCGUUAUCCUGUUAAUAAUUUAGUAUUGGGGAAAAUGGCUUAAUAUGUGAUCGUGCGUGUGGCACUAAAAAACUGCAUUGACUAAAUUUGAGUCCAAUGACAGUGUUGAUUCCGUUCGAAGCGCGGGCUCUUGACUCUUGUUUAAUUUUAUCUGUGAACCAUUGACAUGAGUCCAUAUUCAACAAAGACUGCUAGCACUUAAUGAGGUUCUAAAAUUCAUAACGACUAAUGCUGCAGCUACUGGUAUAAUCUGACUACCGUCUUACUAAUUUUUAAGUAUAAUUAGCUUUAUGACUUAAAAUCAACCGUGGUGUACAGGCUACAGCCUAAACGCUAAAAUCAUAGUUAAAUUGAACUCGAAAAUAUUUGUUAUCUUAUAAUAUUAAUAAAUACCAGCAAUUAAUUUUAUUAAUAAAUACCACCAAUUAAUUUUAUUAAUAUUAUUAUAACUAUUUGUAAUAUUUAAACAGGAAACCUACUCAGUGAUCUUCACUGCUAUCCACUAGGAUCUUAGGAUCUUCUACUUAGGAUCUUUUAUCUACAAUAAUUGCAAAAUAUUCAAGACUAAAAUAGAUAAAAAUGUGUACUACAAGUUAAAAGCUAUACAAGUUCAAUGUUCAACUAAGAAAGAAGUUCUGUAACUUGACUUUAAAAUGAUUUAAUGUUUCGGUUUUCCGAAUGUCAGUAGGCAGAUCAUUGAAUGUUUUUGCACCAGUAAAAUAAAAACUCUUUUUGGCACAUUCAAGGCGUACUUUAUAGGAAGCCUUAUCAAGCUCUUAUUAUUUCUUGUCACGUAAUUACUAUCAAUAAUAGUUUAUACAGUACGGGGUUAUGAGUUAAAUUGCAUCUUUCAUUAGAGCUAGACGUCAAAGAGAGGCUACUUUACGACAAGCUGCUAUGAAUUUGUAAUGAAUUGGACACAUUUUAAUAUUGUUGACACUCUGUGAGAAAACAUAAGUGUAGUAUCCAAUUAAUUUAUGAAUCUUGCAAUUGGUCGAUCAUUACUUAAUCUUUUACAGCAGUAGAUUUUUACCCAUUUAGUCGAAAACUCGCUUCAUGCUAUAUAGUUGCAACAAACACUCGUAUACUACUAUACCGAAAACUAGUUCACAAAUACGUUGCCAGAUUUUCUAUUUUAAAAUUAUUCUUAAUUAAAACCUGUGUAUCAGCAUUGUUUGCAUACAAUUAAUUUUAAUAAAAAUUUCGAGAUUGGCUUUAUGCCUUUUCCAACGAAUUCAAAAACUCCAAAUAAUGUUUUAAAAGUAGUAAUAGGUACCGAUCGAGCCUAUUUUCUUGUGGAUUCCGUCAUUGAGGUAGAUUUUUUGGUGUCAGGUGGUGUGAGAGGACACUUUAAGUAGUGAGGGGGAGUCUAGACUAUCGUCUAACUGUGUAAGUGAAGUCUAGCUGAGCAAAUUUACCGGCCGACUUUGCGCUAGAGUGAAAGUCACUAAGGGAUUAAAGAGAUUGGAAUAAAAUCUAAAAUUCGGGUUGUGUUAGGGUUGCAGAAAGUCUGUACAUAUACUCUUCAGUCGCUACUAGAACGUCUGCUGCACAAUAAAGCAAACUCAUUAAAGGCCAAGACACACCGGACACGAUUCGACAUCGCGGUGCGAUUUUUCAAAUUUCACUGACCGGUUUACGUUCUUCAAAUAUUUAGAAGCACUAUAACAUUUUGACUUUUUGACCUAGUCUUUUAAAAUUUCCUUAUAUUGGCUGUUUUAUUAACUUUAAAAAAAAAGCAAAAGCACCAAAAGGCUAUCUCCAGAACAGUGGCGAUUUAAAAGUAUUCUUUUUUAAAAAUAUCUUGACAUUGAUAUGGAAGAAGAAAUCCUGUACUCCAUUUACAUUCGGUUACAUACUGAUCUGGACUGCAAAGGAAGAAAUCAUCCACAGAGGACAGUAUAAACAAGGAACUGAUAUUGUAGACUUCCUGAAACAUUGUGUGAUCCUGUAUCAUCCAGGUAUUCCGGAACAUUUAGUAUGUUCCCAAUGUCUCACCUCCGCCCACCCCCCUGGGCGUGGCGUUGAUGAGUUUCCUGUGAAACAGGUUCUCUAAAUCGAAUCCUAACCCUAAGUUUUAAUUUUGUUUCUGUGAUUCUAUGCAAAUCAAGGUUAGAAUUAAUGUAAUCUCUUAAUGAAUAUCACCAGCAAUCAAUAAUACUUGUCUAAACCAUAUCUAAACCACUUGACAACAAAAAACAUCUAUCCGAUAUGGAAUGUACAAUUUUCAAAAGUUGAACGAAACAACAUUUCUCCGUUGCAAUAAUUCCUCUGAAAAUAGUGUUCCUAAAAAGUACGGAUAUGUUUUUUUCACAGUCGCUAAUAUAUAUAUAUAUAUAUAUAUAUAUAUAUAUAUAUAUAUAUAUAUAUAUAUAUAUAUAUAUAUAUAUAUAUAUAUAUAUAUAUAUAUAUAUAUAUAUAUAUAUAUAUAUAUAUCGGAUUGCUGGUGAUAUUUAAGAGAUUACAUUAAUUCUAACCUUGAUUUGCAUAGAAUCACAGAAACAAAAUUAAAACUUAGGGUUAGGAUUCGAUUUAGAGAACCUGUUUCACAAGAACUCAUCAACGCCACUCCCAGAGGGGUGGGCGGAGGUGAGACAUUGGGAACAUAUUAAAUGUUCCGGUAUACCUGGAUGAUGCAGGAUCACACAAUGUUUCAGGAAGUCUACAAUGUCAGUUCCUUGUUUAUUUAUAUAUAUAUAUAUAUAGCCUAAUUGUAAGACAUGAAAGGUAUAACAAAAUAUAUAAGACAUAUUAUCAUGUAUAUACAGCUAUUUCAAUUAAGGUUGUCCCCCGAGCAAGGCGGAAAAGUCGAAUAUGAGCGCGAAAGGCUGCUGGGAAUCCCUAAUAAAUUCAUAUAUUUAUUAGCGAUUCCCAGCAGCCUUUCGCGCUCGUACUUUUCGCUUUGCUCGGGGGACAACCUUAAUUGAAAUAGCUGUAUAUGCAUGAUAAUAUGUCUUAUAUAUAUUGUUUCAAUGUGGAUUUCAUGAACACGGGCUUUUAAUAAACUACAGUACAAUCAGGCCGAGUAAUAAAAUUUGUGAAAUGAGGCUUAAGAAUUUUCAUUCAUUGCGUUCUAGAGUCCGUACCUAAACGUAUCUGCCGUUAUUUGUGUCUGAACUGCCUGAAAAUUUAAAGAAACGUUGAUAUUAGCAUUUGUAUAAAGAACAAGGAAUAAGACAUACUAUAUUUAAUCGAUUCAGUAUAUUGAGGAAGGACCACGAGUGUUUUUAAACUGUUUCGGUUCAGAUCCAAACCAUGACAUUACUUUACUUUUAUAUCUUUGUAUACAGACCUUCUGGAAGGUGAUAUGAUUAUUGAUAAGACAAUGAUGAAUAUCAUUGCUAAUCAAACAGUGAAUACCAAACGAAGUGCUGUGACCAAUGGAGUGAGGUUGUGGUCGAAUGGAGUUGUACCAUAUAUCAUCAACAACCAACUAUGUAAGAUUUCUAAAAGAUUAUCUUUUAGAUUAAUAAGAAUAAGCCCGUCCGCGAUUCCGCGUACCUUAUCAUUUUUUCUACUUUACCAUAGCGCAGGUGAGUGUAGUGAACUAGUUGAAACUCCGAUGAUCUUCCUUCUUCCGCAAGGCAGUUUUUGAGGAGACUCAUCAGAUCAGCAAUAACAACAGUAAAUUAAACCGUGUUUGACGGUUUGCGUUGUAAUUAGUUAAGUCAGCUAUUUCUUCUCAUCAUACUUGCUAUCAGAUGCUACAGUAGCCGUCAACCUCAGUCAACAAUGACUUAACAUUUCAUGAAGAACGGAGUCAGUUGCGAAAGAGCCUUGCAGUAAACUUGAGAAAAAUGAACUUCUGGUUUAUGCAGUUUUUUCUGGAAAGUUAAAUCCACUUGUCAUGUGUGCUUACCUGAAUGGGAAACAACUACAGAGGGUUUUUUCCUUCACUUUUUGUUCAGUUAAGAAAUGAAAAAAUUGCAAGAGGUGGCCCAUGGUUGGCGCCGAGCGGGAGGACACGCCACCAUUUGUCCAAAUCCGGUGAGAAAAAUGGGGGGAAGUGGGGGUGAGGGGUUCGUUUGUGACAUCAGUCCAGUUAUUUCGAUCUAACUUAAUAAAUUCAGUCUUUAUUCUGCGAAUUAAAAAGAUCAUUGUAGGCGCUGAUUACGAACGCCGACUAAACCAACAUAAUGUGUUAAUAUAUUACCCAAAUUAAGUGCAUGGGGUAAUGUGUGAUGCGGAAGUUUGGUCCUGCUGCUGAAGUGUCGGUUUAUAUGUUAAUUAAUGCACCGAUCGCUCAACAUAUGGUCAUUAGCUUCUUGGCACGCUUGGUGGCCCCCAAAAGUAGGAAUUUGUGAAACUGUCAGCUCCUAGAUAAUAGACUGAAAGUUGAUUUCUUCGGGGAAGAGGAGUAUUAAAAACUAAAACUUUAACAUUGUUUUUUAGCUUCUUACGCGCAAUCAAUAAUACGACAAGCUAUUGCAGAGCUACACGCGAGUACAUGCAUCAAAUUCAAACGACGAAUUAGUAUUAAUGAAUUUCAUUACGUGGAAUUUAUUAAAGGAAACGGGUAA